CUGUUUUUAAAAUUGUCCGACUGUUGUGUCCGACGUCGGUUUCUGAUGUUAUUGUUUUCGUAAAUCUUAGAAUUUUUAACAGCGUGUUUCAAAAGUUAUAAUUUUAUUGACAGUGAAAUGCUGAAAAUAGCAACAUGGAAUAUCAACGGUAUCCGCUCUUUUUCACAAUCGAAGUUGAAAGAGGCCCUUGAUGAGAUUGAUUCGGAUAUAGUCUGCUUGCAAGAAACUAAAAUUACUCGUGAUGUGAUUGAUGAGCAAACGGCUACAUUUGAAGGCUACCAUUCCUUCUUCAGCUUUUCAAAAAUUAGGUCUGGAUAUUCUGGUGUUGUAACUCUUUGCAAACAUAACUUGAUGCCUUUCAAAGCUGAGGAAGGUCUUAGUGGAGUUCUUGCGCCUCCAGAGUCGACAGACAAUGUUGGCUUAUACGGAACACCAAAUCUCUCAGCAGAAAGACUGAAGCAGUUGGAUUCGGAAGGCCGAGCUGUUGUUACUCAAUUCCAGCUCAAUGAUGGCAAACUUUUGAGCGUUAUAAACGUUUACUGCCCAAGAGCUGAUCCUGACAGAUACGAAGAGCGCCUCUCAUUCAAGCUGGAUUUUUAUCACUUGUUAGAGUGCAGAGCCCAAGCUCUACGGGCAGCUGGAAGCCAUGUUAUAAUUUUGGGUGACCUGAACACAUCACAUCAACCUAUUGACCACUGUGAUCCAGGAGACUUGGUAGAAUUUAAAAGUAAUCUGGGACGCCUUUGGAUGGAUCGUGUCAUUGUGAUAGACCCAAGUCAAUGCUCAUUGUCAGAUGACAGCCUUCAACUUCUCGAUUCCUUCCGACUGCUGAACCCCAAUCGAACAGAGGCUUUCACCUGCUGGAACACCCAAAAGAAUGCCCGGUCAACAAACUACGGCACUCGAAUUGACUACCUCCUCUUUACACCCUGUCUGGUGGAGGCACUUCGGUGUGCAGACAUUUUACCCGAAGUCCACGGCAGCGACCAUUGCCCCGUCCGGGCAGAGUUCCAGCUUGAAUUGUCACCUGCAGGACCGGCGCCAUCCUUGUGCUCCAAGUUCCUCUUCCAAGGGUUGCCGAACGACUUGUACGUCUACUGGCACCAGUACCCGUGGGACCUCGGCGAAGGGCUGUGCAAAUUCAGAGCGCUAAUUUCCGAAGCGACUUCAUACGCGUCGGUGCUGACGAUCGUGGCGUUCUCGACCGAGCGCUACUUGGCCAUCUGUCAUCCUCUUCACGCGUACACCAUGUCCGGUCUGCGAAGGGCGUCGAGGAUCAUCGCGGCAAUUUGGCUGGUUUCGCUCGCCUGCGCCAUCCCCUUCGCUUCUUUCACCACCGUCAACUAUCUCGACUUUCCACCGGGCUCCGGCGAUUUGGUGGACGAAUCGGCGUUCUGCGGCAUGUUGCACGUGCCCGACAACUUCCCGCUCUACGAGACGAGCAGCGUCGCUUUUUUCCUCGUGCCCAUGCUCAUCCUGGUCGCGCUCUACACGCGGAUGGGCAUUCUCAUCACGCAGAGACAGGCACUCGGCGAGUCGCACCGCACCAACAAAUCUCGCAAAUCCAUCUUGCGGAUGCUGGCGGCGGUGGUGAUUUCGUUCUUUGUUUGCUGGGCGCCGUUCCACCUGCAGCGCCUGCUCUUCGUCUACCUGCGCGAGAUCGAAGGCUACAACGAGUACAAUGAGUGGAUUUACCACAUCACCGGCUGCUUCUACUACUUCUCCUCCACCGUCAACCCGAUCCUUUACAACCUCAUGUCGGCCAAGUACAGGAUCGCUUUCAAGGCAACCCUGUGCGGCGGGAACAGUCCGAUGCGAAACAACACCCUGUCGGCCAUGUCGCGACCCCAACAGAUGAGUCUGAUGCACAAACGCGGCGACAACGCCAGACAGGCCUCGUGCAGUUCGGGCGGCGCCGGCUCGUGGCUUUCGCGGCAACAAUCGAGCAGCAGUCCCAGGGUCAAAGUGACCCUGCUGGUCGAGGAGGACAGCAGUUUGCUCGAGCCCAUCGUCCUGAUCGUGCAGAACAACGGCGCCGCCGGCCAGUCGACGCGAAUCAUCGAGGCCGUGUCCGACUCACAGUCGAGUGACUCGUGCAAAAUGCUCACGCCGGACAUUCUGGCCAACACUCUAGCAGAAACUUCUGUGUAAUUUUCCCAUAAACUCUGCUCAUCCAAAUAUACGUAAUUCUGCAAUUUCAUCUUAUUUCAGGAAAAAUUAAUCCGAUGAAUUUCAUAAAUUAUAUUUUCCUGAAGAAGUUUUACCCAAAUUUAUUUCUAGUCUAAGAUUUCUGUAAACAUUUUUCGUUCCUGUUUAAAUAACUUCUCUAGCGAUUAAUUGUAUGCUUCAAUAUCAAAGUAGACAAAGUUUUCCUGAUACUGAUAUAAAAAAUUCUCACUUUUUCCGCCAAAAGCAUUACUUUGAUCUAGAUUCAAAGUUUUGCUUUUUUUGUUCAAAUCAGCUCAAAUUUAAUUAUUAAACUGAGAAGCUUCAAAAAUUUCAAAUGCUUUUGGUGGGAAAAGUGAACCUUAGAGGAAAUUUAAAAAUCGCUAUUUUGAUUUCAGUAAAAUUCUUUUGAAUUGUAUCAGAAUAAAAAUCUUUGCUAGAGAGGCCAUUUUAACAAUCCUUACAAUGAAAUGCAUCAAAUAAUAUUGUAUCCUGAGAAGAUACAUAAUUAUUUUUGUGAUUGUGUAUUUUGAGGGCAAUCUUCCUCCUUCUUAAAACGUUUUCCUGAUGGAUCUUUCCUUGUUAUUGGAAUAUAUCGGCAUGCAAUUUUACCUCUCGUCAUUUGUGCGCAUACAAUUUUUCAAAGGGACGUUUUAACCUAAAUGGCAAUGAUUGUGUGCUGUAUGUAAUUUUAACCAUUAAAAAAAUUGCAGCUCAUUACUAAAUUAUUUUGAAAAGAAAUGAGCUUUUUACGAUAAACGAGCACAACUGCUUGAAAGAGACUGAUUAUAUUUAAAAUGCGGUGAUUUUAAACUGUUUGAAGUGAAAAAAUGUCUACGAAUAAGAAAUAAUGUUGUAUCACGUUUAAUGUGAAGACUGAUGUCGCUCAUAAAUAGAUGAUAAGUUUGAAAAUUACACUGGAACUGCGAGUAAAAAUAAAAAAGAUUUUGGAUAGUAAAAAAUCUUGGUGCGAAUUUACAUUUUACAAAAACUGCAGAUGGCAAAUAAGGGAAAUUUCCCAAGAAUUUAAUUUUAAAUUUAUUUCAGGCCAUAUCAGACUUUUAUUAUAAAUUUUCCAUCAAUUGGUCUGUUGAUCAGAUUAUUUGUUAUUAUUGUAUUUUAAAUUAAAAUUAGAUCUGUAAAAAAUUUAAUUAAAAGAAUAUUAAUUUACGGACGGAAAAUUCCAGUUUUUUACAGUAAAAUUUUUUCCAACUUUCAACAAGCUCUAUUUUAUUAAGUUAUUCAUUUCCGUUGAUAAUAAUGAAAAAAAUAAUAUGUAAGGUUUGCAGAUCCUCUGAUGAGUCAGACAUAAAGCAAAAAAAUUCGUGCUUCAUGUGUGUGCCAAUUUUAAUGUCAUCAGUUACAGUUUGAAUUAUCAAUGUUUGCUGUGCUAACAUUGAUGUUGCUUGGAAGCAAUAAAAAAUAUAAUAUAUGAA